AUGCACUUCGUACAAGCCGUCCCCACCGAGUCCCUGGGCUCCCUCGUUGACGCCCUGAACGCAUUCAUCAAGGACGUAUCGAAUCCAUACGAUUACGCGCUCAUCGCGGCGCAGUACCGCGACUCGGCACCCUGCGGCGGCGGCAACCCAGACAAGGGCAAGUACCGUUGGGAGCAGUUUCAGACCUUUGUCGGCAACCCGCGGUGCGAAUGGCGACCAGCACCCGAGGAGAUUGGCAAGCCGCUGCCGUGUGUCGAGGAGCCAAAGGUGCCGGAGGGGUGGCAGUGGGCGAUGUUCAACCGGACUGUUUUGGACAUUCAUGCCUACUGUCAGAACGGGUACGAGUGGCCGUCCAAGUGA